AUGAUAAAUAUUAGUGGUGGUAGCGGUCGUAGUAAUGGUGGUGGUGGUAGUGGUGGUAGUGGUGGUAGUAGUAGUAAUGGUGGUGGUGGUAGUGGUGGUAGUGGUGGUAGUAGUAGUAGUAGUGGUGGUGGUAGUAGUAGUAGUGGUGGUAGUGGUGGUAAUAGUAGUAGUAGUGGUGGUGGUGGUGGUAGUAGUAGUAGUAGUGGUGGUGGUGGUGGUGGUAGUAGUAGUAGUGGUAGUAAUGCUAUUACUUCACGAGCAAACAAUGAUUUAAUGUAA